GUUUACCUUUUUUUAUUUACCGCUUCUCAUUUCUUAUCUUUAACUUUAAGUUUAAUUUUUUUUAAUUUCCCCGCGCAACUUUCUGGGAACAUCCCGUUUAUUCUUUCCUCUUGGCAUCUCGGCCAAUAAAGCAUACCACUUUUGAAGCCCCCAACUGACGCUGCCCCAAGAGAGAUUUUCCAACUGGAGGGAUCCUCACUGUAACUACGUUGAGGCUGAAUCUUAAUAGUCCGCUUCUCCCCUUCGCAUGGUGCUUCUCCUUUAAGUCGAGCGGGGAGCAAAUACCAUGGCCAAGGGACUACGGUCGAAGGUUAAGCGGAGGUUCAGGACGAUCAAGCGAAUCCACGUGAAUGAGAUUAUAGAAAAGCCCAAUGUAGUCAAACUGCACAACAAGAUAAAACGAUCGAAUAAGAGCAAAAAUGCACAGGAUGAUUUGAUUAGACCACCCAACAAGUUCCUCUACCCAGAUGACGAACGAGCGGUGAUACCGCAGCACAAACCCCCAAAGGUGAUCGACUUCCGGUCCGAAGCGUUACCCCUGUCAGGAUUCGCCAACGUGGGAAACAGGCGCAAGUACAAUUUGAGCGAGAAAAUGGAAAUAAAAAAUCACUACGGGAAUACGCCCGGUUUUUUUGACAACAUGGAGCUGAACAAGCUAAUCGAAGACAUGCACAAGCGGUCAGUGGAGGUUAUGAGCACCCUUUCGAAGGGUAACGAUGCGCAGGGGUGAGGCCAUUAGGGGGGUAAACAUGCUUCGAAAAGUGCGCAUCGUUAUAUUAUGCCACCACUGCAUCAUCCAUUGGGUUAUCUCCCGAACACCCAAUGAGUAGGAAUGCCCCCCCUACUU